AGAAGAACGCGGGCAUCUCCGAACUCAGAGAAAGUUCGGAAACUUGGAAUGAGCUUAGAGAAUUAGUCGUGUAUUCUAUCAUGUCUAAUCUAAGUGUAACUCCAAAUAAGAUCCGGAAGGUCGACCCCGUUGACGGAGCACAAAAUUCGCAUUCCGAUCAGCAAGAAACUAUUGAAGAAAUCAAUGCUGUGCAAAAUCAAAUCGACGCGCUAAAUGAGCAAGCGUCCGAGGAGAUUUUAAAAGUUGAGCAGAAGUACAACCGACUUCGAAAACCACACUUUGAGCAGAGAACAGACCUCACGAAAAAGAUACCAAACUUCUGGAUGACGGUUGUAUCCUUUUGUUACUUUUGCUUUGUCUUAAAAUUUAUCUACACAUCUUUCGUUUUGUACACUGGGUGAAGGUCUGUGACCUGUUGCCUGGAACAUUUUAGCGUUUGUCGAAGAAGGAAAUCACAAGUUAAGCUUAAUUCCCGUAAUCUUCUUUUACUAAGCGAAAUUAAAUAUAAUUGUUAAAUUUACAUUUCACUGUACAUAAGAUGAUCGGUUGCGAAGGAAGCUUUUUUUUAUUCGUGAACAAUAUUAAUAAAUGCACGAAUAGAUCUCUUGUUUGUCAUAUGUAGUCUUCGAGUAACGCAACGAUAUGACAUUUGCAUCCUAAAUAUCACCUCGAUGUCGUUCAUUUACCUAAAACAUGUUAUCCGUACCGCUUUUAAUUUGGUAAAUCCCUUAAAGAAUAGAUGUCUUGCUCGUGUAGACCUUCCUAAGCAACCCUUACCGACCAUAAUUUUCAUUUUAGAAGCAAUAAGAGGAACUGACCCACUUUACUCCCUAAUCGAAUUCACCAAGAACCACUUAUGAUGCUUUACGCUGCCAACACUACAUUUUUUUAUGGCUAUCUUUUCGCAGUAUGCGAAAUAUUUAAGUCUUUGAUGUUGAAGAGUGAUAGAUGCGAGAAAAUCAGUGAAUAUUUGACCAAGUUGAGUGAGAGCCACAAAUCAAGAUGGAGGAAGAACAGGACAUCUGCAUUCUAGUCACCAGACCCCAGUGAAAUUCCUUGGGAAGUGAAACAGAAGACGAUGUGGGACUGGAAAUUUUAAAUAGGUCAUUUUUCAUAGGACUGUGAAACAGAAAGUGGCUAGACAUCAAUAAAUAUAUAUUAGCCAGUAAAUUAAAUGCUGAAAAUAAUUAGUUUGAGCUACAUGUAUUUCAGAGAGAUUAACUGAUCUAUAGCUGGAUUAUAAAGUUUUUAAGGUUGGGUGGCAUCUAAUUCAAUCCUUUGGAAUUAAAUGCCUUGUUUUAUUUUCUACUAAAAUAAUUUAUUAUUAUUAUUUACAUUGAUAUUCAAGAAACCUGGCAUUUUAAAAUGCACGAACUUGAGUACAGCAAGGUGUCCAAUUGAGAUGAAAGAAUUCUCUGGUUGAUAUUGUAAAAUUCUCCUACUGAAUUUUGACGGUCUGUGCUGUCCUCUGUCAGUACAUAGGGCCAUUGUGAAAUGUUUUCUCCUGUUGAUUUAAAGUAUUCUCUUCUCCUAUAUUUCUUGACAUCACUCUGGUCUAUAAUGUUUUAACAAUUUACACACAUGACUUAAUCUCAGAAAUACAAUGCAUUUUCUGAGUUCAUAUCACAUAGGCAAGCCUUGUAAUUUUUAUUAUAGCAUGUUGAAUUUUUCAUCUGUGAUAUGGUAGUUUCUCAAAUCAGUUUUGAAACUCAUAAGUUGGAAAUUGAUCACUGUACGCUAUCUGUGGUAGAAAAAGCUCGGGUAAAAAUUCCUUGACAUUUGUUGCACAGUUCAUAAAUCAUCCACAGAUGCAGUUGUAUAUAGAUGAGGAAGACGAGGAAGCUUUGCAGUACAUGACAUCCUUAGAAGUUGAAGAGUUUGAAGAUAUUAAGUCUGGUUACAGAAUAAAAUUUGUAAGUCCUCUCUUAGCUUUGAUUUACUCUUUCUUUGUGAAGCUUUUGUGGCAUAACUGGUAUUGAGUGCUAAUGAAAUUUUGACAUUAUAAGGAGUUGUAUAGGGAUUACUUGAGAAAGUGCGAAGGUUUUGAAGAUCAUUCAUAUUAACCUUGUGGUCCUAUUUCAGGGGUUUGCAGAGAAUCCAUAUUUUACAAAUGAAGUGCUCUUUAAGGAAGUUAUUGUCAAUGAACAUGGCCAUCAGUUAGCUAGGGCGACUCCUAUAAAGUGGAAAGGAGGAAUGGUAGGUUAUAUUGUUGUAUUUUUAUUAGAUACUGCUGAGGUGUCAUGUGCUUAUACCAUAAAUUAAGGGUUAUUUUGGACCGCAUAGUAUCAUCUCUCAAUACAUGUAGUUAAUCCUUUAACUCCCAAGAUCUGAUCAUUAAUUCUCUCCUGUAGCUUCUACGCAUUUCCUUGUAAAUUAUGAGAACUUGGUGCUAGAUCAAGAUAGCAGCUUCUACCUGAUAAAUUUGACUAUUCUCAUUAUCUGAUUGCUGAAGAAUAUAUGGAUAUUGUAGGGAGAAGUUUUAUGUUAAUCACUUCUGGGAGUUAAAUGGUUAAUAAGAUGUAAUAGUUAUGAUACUCAAUGGGUUUGUAAGUUUGUAUACCAAUCAUAUUGAAUGUGCUGACCAAUACAUACCCUGUCAUUAAUUUGUAUAGGUGAUAACAUGAGUUUGAGUGCAAUUUGGUGUAAGUUAGUACAAGUGAGUUUUUUAAAGACAACAAGAUUGCAAAAACCCAAAGGGAGAGUGCAAUUUGUAGUCUGAAAAAUUUACAAGUGCCUAUAUACACCAAAUUACAUGAGAAAUAAUGUUAUUAGUUAUGUGUAAUUUGCAUGAAAAAAUCAUUAUAGAAAGUUAAAACAGAGGAAAUUUUGGGAGUGCAAAUUAUUUGUAAUUUGCACUGGUGUUACAACUUUACACUCCUUUUACAUGUAAAAUGCACUAGUUUUCAGCCAAUCAGAAGCAUAUAAUUUUUUCAGGUACAUUAUUAAUGUAUUCAUCAUGUGAUCUCUCAACAGGACCUUACUGAGCGAUACAGAAGACAGAGAAGAACUAAACUAGAAAUAAUGAAAGGGGAAGAACCACAAACCUUUUUUAAAUGGUUCACAAAUCAAGAGUCUGGAGAUGAGUUAGGAGACACAAUUAAAGAUGACAUAUGGCCAAACCCAUUGCAGUAUUUCUUGGUAUGUUAUGUUUUGUUACAGUGUUAUAAUGGACUGUCUGUAAACCAUCCACUGUAGUUCUCAAAAUGAGUCUUGGUGCUGGUUGUUUUGUAUAUAAAAAAAGUGUGUCAUUCUUGUGAAAAGCAAAUCAUUUUUGUGGGGAGACAUGCGGAAGGUGUCACUUUUUUUGUUUUUAACUUGGUGAAAUAUUGGAGGGAGGGGUGAGGGUUAACUCUUAAGGAGAAGUUGCUUCAGGAGUACCCUACGUGGGAAAGAAACCAAAAUAUGUUACAAUAACUUUUCAAGCCAGUCUUGUCUAUGCAAGCCUCUGUACUUUACAUGUGUAAUGUAAAUGAACACACAUCCUCUUGUCGUUAAAGAGUAAAGUAGAUAUAGUUUUGCUGCAGCUUAAUAUUUUUUUCAAUUUAUAUGUAGGGUUCCACAAGUGGAAUUCAGGAAGAGGAUGAGGAAGAUGAUGAUGAUGUUGAGGAUGAUGAAUCAGAAGAUCAGGUCAUAUCUCUUUCAUUUAUAGUCUACCAAAUUGUUGUUGAGGUAGUUUUUAUAUGGACAACUUGUAAUCAAGUAAUGUCUCCUCAGUUCUUUACAAAAAAAAUUUACCAAAAAAUCCCCAAUUUGCCUGGUAAAUUAACUGAUUAUUUGGAAUUUAGUGAGGAGGUGGGUGAUCUAGAGACUGACUGACUGACUGGCUGAGUGGCUGAAUUACUGGCUGGCUGGCAGUCGGUAGACUAACUGAGCAACUGACUAAUACUGUAAUUUAGUAUUAUCAACAGACUUGAUGACGUAAAUUGGCCACUGUAAAGACUGACUGACUGGCUGAUGGACUGAUUGAAAUUGUUGAUUAGUACAUUACAGUGCAUUUAUCAGGAAUAUGACUGAAUGUCCAUGGGGAACUUUGGACCUUGCAAAGCUCUCAUGAAUCACGUUCAUGUUGUUGCAUCUCAACUAAAUCCUCUUGUCUGCUUUUAUGCACAGGAUGAUGUAGUAGUAGUGGAGGAAGAAGAUGAAGAUGAUUUGGGUGAUGAGGGGGAAGGAGAAGACGAAGAAGAAGAAGAGGAUGAUGAUGAUGAAGAUGAAGAAGAGGAAGAAGUGGUUGUUGAAGAGGGAGAAGAAGAAGAAUUGGCAGAAGGAGAGGAGGGGGAGACACCUGUUGUGUAUGAGCUGGAGGAAGAGGAUGAAGAUGGUGAUGAAGAAGCAGAGCAGGGGGUAAGACAUAGAGGAACAGUUGUUGAUAGGGUCAAUUUUGAAGAGGAGGGGAGGGGUGGGGAAAUGAGGUUAUAAAGGUUACAUCUAUAUUAAGUUUGGGCAAAGAGGGGAGAGGUAGUUGUGGAAAAAAGGCACAUGGGGUUUUUUAUUUGGGGAAGAUUUGCUUGCAUAUAAUGCUUGUGUCAAUUGGGAAUGCAUAUACAUCAGGCACUGACUGGAUCAUUGUGUUGUAUACUUGGACAGAAUUAAAAAACGCCUGAGCAAUUGCACGAAACCGAUUAUACACCUUCUGCGAAAAAUUUUUAAAGUGUGUUACAUAUUAGCGUUGAAUAUGAGCAGAAAAACUGGACCACACUACCAUCUUAUCUGGGGUGGGGAGUUGGGGGGGAUAGAAGUCGUACACCUUAUCCCUUCCUGCCAAAGAAACUCAAGCUUUAGCAACCAUGCAAGUCAGUCUCGGACGCAGAUUUUGUUUAGAGCAGGCUGGAAGUGGAAGUUAACAGUAUUAUAUACUUUUUAAGGAGGAAGCCAUUCUCGAAGGAGAGGAAGACGAUGAGGAGGAUGAGGAAGAAGAUGAAGGAGUUGAACAAGAGGAUGAUGACGAGGCAGACGAAGGAGAAGACGAUGACGCCGAAGAAGAUGAUGAGAGCAAGACAGAGGAAUAACAGAGUUCCAUUUUUAUCUUUGUGUAAUUAAGAUAUCGUGUUCAAGUCAUCUACUAAAUUGUGGAUAUUUCUCCUUGACGCUCAACUGCUGAAACAUUCAAGUUUCUCCCCUAUUGAACUUACACCGUGAGUUUGCUUUCCAGACAACAAUCAACGACUUAUUGUUUUACAAAAUUCCUAUUUUUAUAUGCGCUUUAUCAAUUCAGUGGUUUCCAUUCACAGGUUUGCGUGACUCAUUGCUCGAUGCCCAGUAUCACAUAUGCGUGUCUCGCAAUCCUUUAGUAGGUGUGUCGGAUGGCGGACAGUCGCCCCACUUCUAUUUCUAAAAUUCAUUGUUCCAAUGACGAAAAGUUAUCCUUGUUUGAGAACAGUCUGUUACAUUCUUCGAGCAAUGGAUCGCUGAUUUCUGAUUGUUCAUCCAGAGUAAAUAACCUCUUGUAGAUAGAAGUUGAUUAUCGAAGAUAUGUGUGUAAUCCAAGAGAAGGGGGUUAGUUUCUAAAGAAACUGUUGUGCUGCGUCGGAGGGCGAGUAUAACAGGAUAAUUGGAUAUUGUCAACUGAGUUGAUAACGUAAAUUGGCCUCCGUAAAGAGUUUCAAAGCUAAUGCUUGAAACGUCAACUUUGAAACUCUUUAGGGUGGCCAAUUUACAUUAUCAACUCAGCUGAUAAUGCCAAAUUACCCUGUUAAUCAAAAGGAAAUAUACGUUUCUCUUAGCAGUUGUAUGUUCUCCCAGGGCUAUGCAUGUAUUUCUAAAGUUCUUAACGUUAUCCUAUAAGAAACAUGUGGACAUGCGUAGUCCUAAAUUUGUGACUUAAUGUGCUUACAACACUUAGGUAAUUUGGAAGUUCCGUCAGAGGAAGGCGUUUUUAAGUUAGUAGGUGCUAUCGUGUCAUUAUUUACCCAAACGUUCAGCCUGAGCGACAGUCAUUUGAUAUAGUGUUGCUGUAACGGUUCUUGUAAAAUUGUAUCUACUUCAAGUCAUUAAGUUCUCUCACGCACAAAUAAACUCGAAAGCCACUCUGAGGUAGAGCAAAUGUAGGAAAACGCUCGAAUAAAUGGCGAGAACAGAUUGACAGAGGGACGCCGAAAAAAUCGGGGAAAUGCAACUGGCAAGCACUAGAAAAUUGUUAGGCUGAACCCACUCGGUGGUCAUUGUGAACAUUGUAACGACUCAGUGACGUACCCUCAGGUUGUAAGAACCAAGUUGUCUUGCACGAGUUACAAACAACCGUAUAACUGAGCCAUUAAGUCUGGGUGUUUUAAAAGCGUUUAACUUUUUUGUUGAAGCCCAAAACCGAAUGGUAAUGAACACAAUACUUAUACUUGAAAAGCUUUGUGUUUGAAAAGUCUCGAGGUUUCCUUUUCCCUACUUUUGUUUCUUUUGAAAGAUUUUAAGAAGCGAAAGCAGUUGUUUCUUAUGUUUUCCUUUGAAGUUUUACGCAUGAAAUCGGUGCGCGGCUGGCGAGAAGUGAUCCCUUCACGCAUGCCUGACGUUUGACCGCUGUGUUAGCUUAAUCUUGCUUUAAAUUAGUCCGUAAAUUAUCUGAUUUGUUAGAGACCACUUGGUUUCUGCUAUCAAUGUUCGUAGUCACUCCGGGCAUUCGAAGUUCGUUUGCCAGCCGUAAAAUUUGUCAGACUCGAUUUAUAAUUAGCACCUCCCCCUUAAAAAGCUUCAUAAAAAGGGAUGAGUUUUACAUUUGCCAAUUUUCAGAAAUUAGUUUGAGAUGUACGAUAAAAAAUAUUCCUUUGUUCUUUCAAAGGUAUUGCUACCUGACCUUUCGUCUGAAGCCUUUGCGAUAAACCGUGUAGGUGCUAAAGGUGCUGUUACGAACAUUAAAGUUCGUAAUAGAAAUCUCAGUCUUCCAAUCAGACUUUAGCACCUGCAUCAUGUGAUUGCCAUAAUUUAUAGCAAACUGUAUAUCAUUUGAUUGAAAUAAAG